AUGCGCCGCCUCUCGCCGCCGCGGGCGGUGGCGGUGGCGGAGUCCAUCGACGCCCUCCGCUUCUCCACCUCUGCCGCAGCGGCGGCCGUUCCAUCCCCUCCUGACCUGGACCCCCCUCGCCUCGACCCCUCCGACGUCCGAUCCCACAAUGCCGCCCUCAUCGCAUAUUCUUCCAGGGGCAGUGAGGCGCCGCGCCUCGCGCACCUCCUGGCCUCCUUCGGCGCCAUGGUAAAGUCCGGUGCGCCUCCCGAUCGCUGUACCUACAACACGCUCAUCAGCGCGCACUGCAAGCUCGCUCUCCUCGCCGACGCCAGGGCCGCUCUGGCUCGGAUGCACGAGGCGGGGUUCGCGCCGGACACCUUCACCUACAACUGCCUCAUGCUCGGCCUCUGCAGGGCCGGCCUCCUCACAGCUGCGUGCGGUUUGUUCGUGCAGAUGCCACGCCGUUGGGGUGCCUACUACGACAGACACUCCUACACUAUCCUGAUCCAGGGCCUGUGUGCCGUGGGGCGCAUUGACGAUGCCUGUAGGGUGUUUGCUAAAAUGUCGAGGGGCUGGUGCAAACCCGGCGUGCACACAUACACUGUGCUGCUCGAUGGGCUCUGCAAGGCUAGGCGUGUCGGGGACGCGGAGGCUUUGUUGGGUGAGAUGGUCGAUAAGGGUGUGGUGCCAAACGUCGUGACUUAUAAUGCCUUGAUUGGCGGACUUUGUCAAGAGGGGAGGUUCGAUGAUGUGACCAAGUUGUUGGAGAAAAUGGAGAUGCAGCAGCGUGCUCCAGAUUGCUGGACAUAUACCAUAGUUGUCCAUGGUCUGUGGAAGCAUGGAAAAGUGGAGCAUCGUGCCAAGGUGUUGUGUGAAGCCUUAGUGAAGGGCGUUGCUCUUGGAGUUGCCACUUACAAUGUGUUGAUUGAUGGGUAUUGUAAGGUUGGUGAUAUGAAGGCUGCUCUUGAUGUUUUGCAGUUGAUGAAGAAGAAUGGGGUCAACCCAAAUGUCCAAAUUUUUAAUGUGGUGAUCCAUGGAUUCUGUUGCGGUGGUAAAGUGCAUCAAGCGAUGGCCUUCUUGACACAAAUGGUUGGGGCUGGGUUGUCGCCGGAUACUGUUACAUUCAACUCGCUGAUAUCUGGUCAGUGUAGCGUGGGUGAAAUGAAUAUUGCUUUCCGGUUGCUUGAUUUGAUGGAGGAUUAUGGCGUUCUUCCAGAUCGACAAACUUAUGCCAUCUUUAUAGAUGCUCAUUGUGAGCAAGGUCGACUGGAGGAGGCUCAUUCUCUCUUUUCUUGUCUUCCUCAGAAAGGUAUUAAGGCACACAGCGUCAUAUAUAAUUCACUGAUUCAUGGAUAUUGCCAAGUAGGUGAUAUUGAUUCUGCUUUUGGGCUGAUGGAGAAGAUGGCUUCAGAGGACUGUAUAUCUGAUGUUCACACCUACAACGCCCUUAUUGAUGGUCUGUGCAAAGUGAAAAGAUUGGAUAGGGCUAUAGAUUUACUAGACAAGAUGAAGAAGCAGGGGAUAGAACCAACAACUUGUACAUUUAACAUUCUGAUCAAGCAAAUGCUUUGGGACAAGAAGCAUGCAGAUGCUGCCAAGAUGUAUGAGCAAAUGAUAUCUUCUGGUUGCAAACCUGACAAACAGACAUAUACACUGAAAAUCAGUACAGACUGGUUUGAGGGUGCAAGGAAGGAAGAAAAUAUAGACGUGGCUAUUGUUGAAAUGCAUGAAGCAGGUGUUUCUCCAGAUGUGGAAACAUAUAACGCUAUCAUAAAGGCGUAUAGUGAUGCUGGCCUGAUGGAGAAAGCCUUCUUUGCACAUGUGAAGAUGCUUUCUGUCCCUAUUGAUCCAAAUUGUACAACAUAUUCGAUAUUGCUUAAUCAUAUGUGUAACAAGGAUGAUAGUGAUGCAUUUGAUAAUGAAAAAGUAUGGAAGAUGGUAGAUGUGAGAAAUCUGCAGGAGCUUUUUGAACAGAUGUGUAAAUCUGAUGCUGCUCCUGGCAUUAGCACAUACAAGGCACUGCUGAGGGGAUUGUGUAAUCAGUGUCGACUGGAGGAGGUGGAAUGGCUGUUGCUAAAAAUGCAGGGAAACAGCGUUCUGUUGGAUGAAGACAUGUCUGAUUAUCUACUUGGUUGCUAUUGUAACUUAAAGAUGUACAGGGAAGCAUGCGAGCAAUUUAGAUCGAUGGCCCAUCAGAGCUUUCAGCCAGGGCUAAAGUCAUGCUGCCUUCUCCUUUCUGGCCUUUGUGAUAGUGGAGAUCAUGGGAUGGCUGUAUCAAUUUUCAGUGAUAUACUUGGCUUAGGGUACAACUAUGAUGAGGUUGUCUGGAAACUUUUAAUUGAUUGCCUACAUGAGAAGGGGCAUACUGGGGCAUGUUUAGGGAUGCUUUCAGUGAUGGAUGAUAAAAAGUGUGUUGCUAGCACUAGGACAUAUGCAUCUUUAGUUCAUUUGUUGCUGGAAACUGAAUGA